UGUAGUAGCGGCAGCGGCGGCACCCGUCAGGUUGAGGAUCGCCGCGCCAAGAGGCUGCUCCCCCCGGCCAUGCCGGCCACGCCGAGAGACGAGAGCCGGCGGCGUCACUCUCCACUCCGAGCCAGCGACACCCGCUAACGCGACCAGACAUAGAGAAGGUGGGGGGGGGGAGACGUAGGAGGAGGAGGUAUAAACGAAGAAAGGCGUAAGGCAAGCCCGGGGAAAGGGGUCGUUAAGUGCGAGAGAAAGCGGCGAGAGACAAAGAGGAGGGGGGCUGGUGGUGGUGGUGAAGUUGAAGCGACAUUCCGAUCCAAUCUCGGGGCCCCGCGCGCCGCGUCGGUUGCCGUGAGAUCGCCUCCUCGUCUCCCUGCCGUCGGUACACGCUUGUGAGCUGGUGUUAAAAUGAGCUGGAGUUUUUUGACUCGUUUGUUGGAGGAAAUACAUCAGCACUCGACGUACCUGGGAAAACUCUGGUUCACCACAUUCUUAAUUUUCCGCAUCGUGCUGACAGCCGUCGGUGGCGAGUCAAUCUACUAUGAUGAACAGAGCAAGUUUGUGUGCAACACGCAACAACCGGGCUGCGAAAAUGUCUGCUACGAUUCCUUCGCGCCUCUCUCCCACGUGCGUUUCUGGAUCUUUCAAAUUAUUGUCGUGGCAACACCGAGCAUUCUCUACCUUGGCUUCGCCAUACACAGGAUACGAAGGUCAGAAGACUCCCCUGCCUACAAAAAACCGAGACGGACUCCACUGAUACAUCGUGGGCCGGACCGUGAGGCUGAGGAAGCUGAAAAUGACCAAGAGGAGGAUCCAAUUUUGCAUGAAGAAGAGGAGUUUGAUCACAAGACCAGCAGCGAGGACGAAAACAAGAAAAAGGAUAAUAAACGGCACGAUGGUCGUCGCAUGAUCAGGGUUGAUGGCCUCAUGAAGGCUUACGUGUUGCAGCUUAUUUUACGCACAAUGGCCGAGGUGGGUUUCCUCUUUGGCCAGUACAUGAUGUACGGCCUGGAGGUGAUCCCUCGCUUUGAGUGCACUCGUUAUCCGUGCCCCCACCGCGUUGACUGCUUCAUCUCGAGGCCCACGGAGAAGACCAUCUUCUUGUACGUGAUGUACGCCAUGUCCGGGCUCGGCCUGGUGCUCGACGUGGCGGAAAUGUGGCACCUGGGGAUGGGCGCCCUCGGCGACGCACUGCGAGGCCGUCAAACGAAGCACGAUCAACGGAGUGUGGAGUAUCACCAUGGAGAAGAACAACUCAAAGUGUUGCCUUCUUAUGGCAGCUAUGAAGACUAUCGUCCAGAAAACGUUCCUUCUGCACCGCCACACUAUAACUGCAUGCCAAAGCCCGCGGGCCAUUUUCCGCAAAGGAUUGCGAACGGCAAGCCGCCGCAGAUGCAGACUUCUAAUGUCAUCGAGAUCGAUAAAGCCCCGGGGAUAGAUCUCUCGCGGCUGCAGGACGACCUGCGCGUGAUGCAGCAGCGGCUGGAGCUGAUGUCCCGUGUCGGGGCCGCGCAGGAGAACAGCAGAGUGGAGUCUCCGGCCUCCGACUCAGUGGUGACGGAGCAGAAUCGCGCAAACACAGCUCACGAGAAACAUCACCACAGAGCGGCGGAAGAGUUCAAAAGCUGGGUCUGAGAAGGGAAGCACGAUUAGUUCGAAGAGUAAUCCACCCAUUUCAGUUUAGUUUCAAUUUUGUUAUGAAACCAAAAAAAACGUAUGUCAUCUCUUGGGUAUUUAGUUGAUGUACAUUUCGCUGAAUGCUGCCGAUUGGUACAGCAUUAGAGUAAGUAAAAGGUGCUUGGCAGACUUAAUGAAAUUUCGUAUCCUGCAAAUAUUGCCAUCUUCUAAAGAUAAACAUUAGUCGUCUUAAUUAUUAUUGAGUUUACUUUAAGCGGAACAAUAAAAUCCACUCAUGGCAUUUGUGCCUUUUGAUACCAUUUAUAGUUAGAACAGAGAAGUGUGAGUUUAAAUAAUAUUUAUAGUUACUUUCUUCAGUUUAGUUAAUGAUACAUUCUGCAAUGAGAUACGAAUCUAACCCAGUGUGACAAUGUAAACACUAUUGAUGUUUUAAUUUGUGUUGUUUAAAACCAUAUGUAGAAAUGGUGAGCAUAUGAACAUUUCAUUUAUUUUACCAGGAUUCAAAAUGAUGCACAGUGCCAGUAACAAAACCUAUCAGUGAGUACAUGUAUAGUUACUUAAUUGCUCUUAGAAUAUUCAUGGUAUACAUUUUAUUUAUUGCAUUUUUUGUGUAGAAUUUGUUUAGUAUUUAAUGGUAAUAAUAAAACUUCACCUGCUUUAAUAGUAGGACUAACAUCCUCUCCACUCCAAAAUAAUCCCAUGCACAAUCCCUGCAGACGUUUCUGGCUCAAUACAUAGGAUUUAUGUAAUUUUAACAUUGCCAAUUUCGAGCCGUGUUGUAUCAGAUUAUUUCUAUUUCUCGUAAAUAGUCAAUGAAAAUGUGAAUAUCCAUAUUGGCAUAUAUAAGGUUGUGCCUCAGCUAAACAUAAGGAGAAACAUUUCAUCACCAAAGGAAUUUAUUUAUAUAAAUUUCCCUCCUAGAACAUCCUAUAGCUUGUAAGCCUCAUUAUAAAAUGGAUUAAUUGUUGAGUGAUAUCGCUAAAAUAGGCCUUACAAGUGGUUUGGAUAUAAAGUUCUCUUGGAGAUGCAUUUACCGAACUUUAUUGGUGAACAAGGCGAAAGUCAUGAUUAAUUUUGUACAAGUUGAUAUAAUGUUCAUGUUAAAAACCAGGAAGCAGCAUGAAGAAAAUGGAUGGAAUUCUAGAGUUUGUGGUCAUAUUUUCAAAGGUGUAAAUCCGAAAACAUUGUGUAUGCUGAAUGUAGUUGCAUCCUGUUUGAUAACAGUUAAGAAAUAUAACGGCAUAUACGUGCUAUUUGGCUGUAUGCCUACAUUACCACAGUUGUAUGGAAUUGAAGUCUAUAAUUGUUCAUCUGUAGAAUACAAAUGCCUGUUUUAUUUUGUGUUUACACUAUCGGUGAGGUGUGGUAAAAUGGCCGUGCAUCGCCAGCUCGUCGCACGUGCCUAUGCACGCCUGUAAUCCAGCACUGGAGGUGAGGGUUGGUGAAUCACGCACCCACUGGGCUGUGAGGUUGCCAUCUCAUGGCGUUCCAGGGUAUAGAAGUACAGAAAGUGGAUUCUAUUCCAUAUGCAUGGGUUUUCUCUGGGUAUUCCCGUUUCCUCACCAAUGUAUAAACGCUCUUUAAACGAGUUCGCCAAACAUCCCGUGUGGGGGUACAGAGCUUUGGCCAAAUAUUGCCGCCGGCUUUGGCUGCCUUCCCACUUGUCUGUGGUUUCCUGCGCCUCUUGAAUAAUUUGGUCUUCCUCUCUGAGUGUGUACAAACACUGUGCUUUACAAGUCUGUGUAUUUGGUUAAGCACUAUUCAAGUUUAUUUUGUUACACCAGGUAAAGAACUCGAUACACUAGGAUAGUACAAUUUGCAAGAGUGGCCUGGGGCAUUCAGCUGCCAGUAGGGGGCGAUGAUAGCUAUGUGUAAUGCCAAUUGACAAAUUUGUGGGUAAUUAUCGGUCUACUCUUGUGAAUUACUUCACAGGAUCAUUUAAUGCCCACUGUGAAGCAGAUGGCAUGUCUUGUUACGAAUAUCCAUUACAUCAGCAGUAUUGAGGGCAGCCGCUGGAUUUGAACCGUGAACCUGUUCAGCGGUUGAUUCUACCUAAUGACCCCUAUUGCGGUGAAAAAGUGCACUUGGUCAAAUGACCACAUCUCAUUUACGAAACAGUGGGAAAAUAGAAUGCAACCUGCUCCAGAAAACAUUGACCAAUCCUGUAAGUUACCCACGUGUAGUUGUGUUAAGUAGAUAGGAAUGUUUUGCAUUUGUAAAACACCAAAAGUUAAUGGCAGUACUACUGCCAGUUUCAGUCCUGGCUUUCGAAGGCGUACGUUUAAGUCCCUCGUUAUAAAAGAGUCAUGUGUUUAUCAUUAAAUGGUUACAUGAACACAAUUAUGGUAAUUGUAGCAAACAGGUUCCAGUUUGAACACACUAGGAAAAGAACAAACACAUAAUUUACACGUUAACAAAAAAUUAUCAGAAAAUAUACCUCCCCAUAUCUGUCCCAUCACAUCAGCCACACCAGGAAUUUAAACAGCUUUGGUUCAACACAAGCACACUGAACUGGUUUUGACGUUCAGUGUUUCAUCAGCAGUCAGGCUUGCUUGAACCAAUAUUGGUGAACUGCCAAAUGUUUAUAGUCAUGGUCCCUAUCUUUUAUAGGUUCUAGAUUGAUGCAAAACUUUAUAAUACGAUAGAGGUAUUUACAAAGCGUUGUGAAAUCCUACUUUAAAUUCUAAAAGCGGAUUACGUCUUAGCCAAUAUUCUAGCAUUGCUCAUUAUAUAAAGGUGCCUGGGAAAAAAUAGUAUUACACAAUAUCGUAACAAUGUCAAGUAAAUUGGGGAUGUCUUUGAAUAUGCAAGUACUUGAAAAGGUCUGAUCGUUGGUACUUUAUAAAAAAUUUUUUAUAAAACUGAAUAAAAAAAGCAUGCAUGCCCAUGCUUAGUUUAAAGGAAAACCUAAGCUAAACCAAAUGUGUCUUGUAGCUGCAUACAUAGACAGUGUCCCAGACUGCCCAACACAAGUUUUAUGCUUCGUUAUUGGGGGAAAAAGCCUUAUAAAUUGUCUUGUAUUUCUCCAAUUUAAUCCCGAUUGUAUUGUCUAACUUAGAGCAGUGCAUCACACUGUUAGAUAUGGUCAUUGCAACAUAACUUAUUUUUAUAACAUUUGUCGGUGCAGCGAUGUCACUAUGAACAAAGUUCUUGUGCUUGGUUAGAACCUUAUAAUUUGUUUACCCAUUACAGAUGCAUUCAACUUGUGUUGGAUAACCAAGGACAAAGCCCUGGUAUUUAUGUACAAGAUUAAGAAGUUUGUUUAUUGAGGUUGCAUCUGAAGUUUUGUAUUGCUUUUAUAUUAACGAUACUGUUGCAUAUGUGUAAUAGUAGUGCCAAGCUGUCCUAUAUUUCAGGGCACAUGAGUGCAAAAGCUGUUUUGUCUGCACUGCCAAUGUUGAUGUCUUAAGAUGGACUGUAUUUGAACCACACUCUUUGCCUUGGUACAGUUUUGGUUUAAUGCUAAAUAUUGCUUUUCUUGAAAUCUAUACAGGGGCUUAUGCUUGCAAGGUGGAUUCAUUGCCUUGGCACUGUCAUAUAAUGGUGCACAAUACACAAUAGAACAUUCCGAAUAACGACUGCACAACAAGCAGCAUUAUAUUCCAAGGAUUGGUGUUACUGCCUAAUAUGAUUUUCUGAAUUGAUCAUUCUAGGAAUUGUUUUUCACCACAAUUUGUGGGCCUUUUGAGGAUUCUUGUAUGUUAUACAUUUUCUAUUUUCUAACAUUUCAGGAAGUGUUGUAUUUUCUUUUAUAUUGUUUUUUUUAUGAUUACAUUCAUGUCAUAGGAUUUUUGUAGUUGAGGUAAUGUGGACCAAUUAAUAAAACGUAUUU